AUGGACGACGAGUUGUCCACUGGAGUGUCGUUUCGAGGGAUCGACUGUGUGUGGACACUUGCCCAUGCAGUCCAUGCAGCUAUGGAACACGAUUCCGUUGAGGUCACCAUCCAUAGCAGCUUGACGCAUGCAUCGGUCGUCCCCUUCGUCGUCGAUCAACUACGCCAUGGUCAUUUCUACGCAUCGUUCACCAUCCUCGUCACAAUUCUCGAGCGAGCUCUGUACGAUCAAUACGCGGCUCUACACAAAGGACAGAAGAGCAACAUGAUCCUGCGCGACCUCCUGCACUCUCCAACGCUCCACAAGCACUUGCCCCGAGGGUACAUGCAAGUGCUCCAUGUUCUGUUCCUUCCGUCCGGCCUGAAUAUCCGCAACCUCGUCUGGCAUGGAUUCCUUGCUCCCUUUGAGCUUCCUGGAUGCCUCAAUUCGUUGCUGUUGGUGCUUCUCGCCGAUCCAUGCCUGCAACGUGAUGGCUGCCGCCGCGUUGCUGAGCAACGGACUCAGCACCUGCCGUCCAUGCACCCCGCGCGGGUCCAAUGGACUUGGGCAACCUUCUCCGACAUUGCCCUACCGGCAUCCCCAACCAAAGAUAUGUGCCCAUCGUAUGCAAUGGUGGUCAAGAGCCGAUGGGGGCUCCUUCACGAAGCCAUGGCUGCAUUUGCGUCGGGGCGGUCGCUGUGGAGCUUGUUUCUCGCCAUCCCAGUAUUGGAACAUCUCGUUCGAUGUGAAUUCGUGGUCCAGAACGCCCCAGCCGUGCCCACUGCCAUGCAAUUUGCUCAGCUGAAACAAUAUUACUCGACACUGGACGGGUUUGGCCAGCGCCACCAGCACCAAGUACUGCUCGCAAGAGAAUUGUUUUUGCCAAACGCCGACAAGGACGAAAUGCACAAUCGCUUGUACGAGUCGCUUCCCCACAGUGUCUUGGCGGCGUGCCUUGACCUGUUUAUGGCUGCGGCCGGUCCCAACAUCCGAGCCAAGUUGUGCCACGGAGAACUCUCUUUAGAUACGCUUCAUGCCUCGCCCGGUUACACUUCCCCCGACAUGACAUCGUUGGAUGUGUGCGCUGGGUUGGUCUUGGCUGUGCUUGUGGAGAUCUUGGUCCCGGGCUCUUUGCUUUACACGGGAAGCCCUCUGGACUCGUACGAGUGCAGAUUUCACCCAUACAACAUGGUGCUGCAGUCGCUAGAGCAAUUCGAAGCGACUCUGACGACUUGGAUCGACAUGCAGCCAGCUUUCUCGUACACGGCGUCGCCAUCCCCGGCACAUGCUGACCAAGCAAUUUGGGAGUGGACAGCCAUGAAUCCAGCCUCAAUCAGCGCUGCAGCAACCAUCCAAUUCACGGACAAACGGAGCCGUAUGCUGUCGACAGCAACGUUGGCCUGGGACGGAUCGACGACCCAGUUCGACUCGAUUCCAGAUGCCGUCGCCACAUUGCUCGCAUUGCUUGAGAAAUUGUCGGUAUCGCUCGCCACAAAUCAUGGUUCCGCCUCUCGAUACUUGAACCAUCGAUCCAGAGACAUCCAGCCCUCGACGACGCGAUCUCUUGAGCUUCCUCGUCUCAACUUGAUCACUUUCCACGCACUUCCCGCGUCCGCGUGCAUGUUGGCUGUGCUAGACGCGUGCCAGCGCUUGCUCAACCACUCCAUGGCCCGGCUCCGCGCGUUGCGCGACGUUGUUGUGCAAGGGACGGCUCGCACGAGCCACCGACGAUCGCUCGUCAACCAAGUCCUCAUGGCGCCUUGCUUGUCGCACAUAGCACGUCUCACCGGCGCCAUCGUCGAGCAUCAAGUGGGAAUGGCUCACGACGCCGGGUGCAUCGAAGGCCGGGUGUUUGAUGGUGUGGCUGAAAAGCUGCUGCAAUUCAUCGUGGCUCUUGACGACGACAAGAAGAGCGUGGACAAGCAAGUGCACAUGGCGCUCCAGUUUUGGAACAGCAAAGCGAUUCGUGGCCCCAUUUGCAGCUCGCCAUGGUCGUGA